AUGCUCCUGGUGCGGCCUGCACUCAGCCAGGCUUCCGAUGCACAGAACAACUUCAACGACAAGUACGUGAAGUCAUACCUCCCACCAGGAGACGACCACUACACCGACGACUGGGUCGGCGGCAACUCGUCCUGGCGACACUACAUGACGCAGUUCAGUGGCAAGGCCGCAGACUACAACAAGUACCUCUCGGAGUACGGUGGGCCGCAGGCAGACUACGAUAAGUAUGUCAGUCUGUACGCCUCCAUGGCAGGGCCCGGAGUGACCUCCGGCAGCAACUACAAGGGCAAAGGGCAGAGCCAACUGAGCGCUUGGAACAAGUCCAUGAUGCAAACCUACAACACUUACAUCCCUGGCCCGUACGAAAACUUUGCGGAGCAAGCCACAGAGGAGCGCGCCGAGAGCGGAGGGAACAGCGUCGGCCAAGGCACCAUGGGAGAGGGUGGCGGCGGUGCCGGCGGUGGCGGCGGCAUGGUGCCGGGAGGAGGCCAUGAGAAGGGGUCCGCAUCCGGAGGGCUUCCGUGGGGCCAUGCCACGCCGAUACACGGCUCGCCAAAGGACCAUUUCUACGAACACGGUGGCCAAGUCGGGUACGAGCCCUUCGCGCAGCCUUGGGUGUCCCAGUAUGCCACGGACGAAGGAGGGCACAACGCCUUCAGCUACGAAGGCAAAGAGUUCGCCAGCGGAGGCAUGGAAAUGGGCUCUGUGGGCGACUUUGCUGAGUACAUGCGAGAUUAUGCUCUCAAUUGGCUCCCUGAGAGUUCCCAAGCGCAGGUGGAGUCCGGCAAGUCCUCCGAGUCCUCCAAGGCCGUCUCACUGGCUGCAAUGCCAGAGAAUGAGGUGGGAGGAGUGCUGACGCAGCCUCAGGCAGAGAACGCCCAGGAGCACAGCUUUCCCGAGCCGUCCAUGCCCAUGCAACCUCAGCUGCCAGCAAACGCCGAGCAGCCUGAAGUGCAUGCUUUGCAGGAGGACCCGGCCAUUGUGAGAGCAGAAGUCCAGGCAGCAGAGGAGGCAGCGAGGGCAGCGGCUGCCCUCCGGCAGUUGCAGCAAGCUGCGAAGGAUGGCGCAUACGCCCAAUGGACACUGCGAAGGCAUGGCCUGCGCUCUGCGGCCAGUGCGGAGUCAAAUCGCCGUGCACAGGAGCUGCAGGAUGCCAUGGCGAGGCUGAGGCAGGUCACCCAAGAGCCGCUGACGCAGCAGAACGUGAAGGAGCUCGAGAAUGCAGGUCGCAGUGCCUCAGACGCCAUAAGCAGGCUCCAAGGGGCCGAGACCGCGGCUUUGCGCCAGCGGGCGACGGAAGCAAAGCACCAGCUCCUGGAGGGUGCGAAGGGCUGGGUGGCCGGCAUCGAGCACCAGGCAAAGAGCCCACAGCUUGCGCAGCAAGCCAAAGAGGCUGGAGAUCAGCUGGAAAAGUCGCUGACUGCCGCUCUCAGCGAAGCGACUCAGCGCACGGCGGAGGCCUCCAUGCAUCGUGCGGCAGAGCGUCGCGCCCUGCUUACGGGCAUCCUUUCGCAGGCUGCCGACAUGGCAUCACCCGCCAAGACAGCUGAGAAAGCCGAGGAGGCGAAAGACCAGGCGACUCCCGAGUCCUUUGUCGAGAGGUCCACACCUCUGAUUGAGCCCAAGAUGAAGGCAGUUUCAGGAGAGCUUCUCCUUGCCGGUGUUUGCGUGGUGGGUGCACUUUAUGGCCUCGUCGGUUUCGCUCUUCGCCGCCGCACAGCUCCCAGAUCGGACUCUCGGGACAUCGCGCUGCUGACGAUGGCUUGA